AUGCUUGAGUUGCCGCUCGAUCGCGGCAGCAACGACACUUCGCGGCCCGAGCCAGUGCGCGCACCAUCGCCCGAUCGGCCUGCUGUGACGCCAACAUCGGCGACUCUCGAUGAGAAUGCAUACCUCGUCUCAAUUCAACAAGAACGUGGGCUUCAUUUGGCGAUGGACACCAGAUUAAGGAAAGCGUACGAGAAGAACGGCUCGUAUGGGCUGUUCGCGCUGUUCGUCACGGCUACACUGCGCGAAAGCAUCCGAGGGUGGACCUCGACUAAGUUAGAAGCGGCGGGGAAGAAAGCUUUGACCGAGAGCGAGCUCAAUGCGUACCUGGGGCUCGAGAUAGCCAUGAGCUUGUGUCCGCUCAACGAUAUUGCCGAC